CAUUGCGCCGGGCAACGGCCGGCCGGGCUCGUCCGCUUAUUCCGCGUCGUUUGACCACCGAUUCCAGCCGUUUCUCGCGCCCACCAACGGCGAAUGCAGUGAGUCCUUGGCCGCGUGUCUGCACACCACCCCCGUGCACCCUUCUCUGCGACACGCGCCCCCGACUCACUUGGAAGCCUCGCUAAACUACCACCCGGCCCGCCGACUUCACCUCAGAUGUAGAGCGACAUGGCAAUCAGCAUAAAAUUCACAAAAUUCGACAACACGCCAUGGGGCUUUCGACUAGCGGGUGGCAGCGAUUUCCCACAGCCGCUUGCCGCUAUCAGAGUCACGGAGGGCAGCCUAGCCGAAUGCAUGGGUUUAAAGGUCGGCGAUGUUGUAGUAAGAUUAAACGAUCAGCCGAUCAGCUGCCUAACUCACGGACAAGCGCAUGAGGCGCUCUUGCAUGCUGGCAACAACUUCGUCUUGGGUGUGCAAAGAGAGGAAGAGGCACGAAAGGCCGCCGAGGCGAUAUCAGAAGAGAACAUCGUUCCAUAUAAGAUCGCCCUUGCAGACUUACCGCCGCUCUUCCCAGAACAGAUCUUGAAGGAGGAGACAGUGAUCGAGCGAUACGAAGAGGAGACCGUCGAGCAAGCAGCGUCCGCCGAAGACGAGGUCAGGCGAGAGGGAGAGAAGCUCGCGGAGGAGAAACCGGUGGACGCCGACAGUGAAAUCGUGCCGAACAAAAAUCUCACGGAUGACGAGAUCGCGCAGCUGAUCCUAGAGGAGGAGGAGCUUCUGUCCGAUCAAGGAUUAUUGGGGGUGAACUUCAAGAAGCUACGUCCGCGUGCCCCAGCCUUAAAGGGCUCCAAGGUCUUAGAAGAGCUGCAGCACAUUGCGACAGCCGAGCCCGAGCUGGUGCAAGAAUUGAAACGCACCUCGACCUUCCUGCAGAGGCCGCAGCGACCGGUGCCGAAGCCGAAAAGUCAGCCGGACGGGGACGACGGUGAAACCUACAGAGUCGUGAUCAAGAAGCAGGAUAAGAAGACAGUGAUCGCGCGUCUCGUGGAGAAGGGCUUGCUGCCGCCGGGAACGGAAAUUCCCAGGACACCUGAGCCGCCGUACGAGGUAAAAAUGCAUGAAAUGAAGAACAACCUCGAGGAAGAUUCUCUCGAGUCGAGCCCGAAUCCCAUGCGUUCUACCUUGCCCUACGACACCGCCGAGGACUCGUUGUCCUCGCGUUCCCCGGAACCUGACGACACUCUUUCCCUCGAGGCUCCGCCCAUAAGUGCUAUGUCUCACAUCUACGAUUCGAAGUCCCUCGGGACGCGAUCGAGUUCUCAUCGAGCAUCCGUCAAUAAGUUUCCCAAGAAGAGCCGCCUCGUCGUCUCGAGGCGCACUAGGAUGAAGGGAAAGUACCUGGCGACGUAUUUGAGCCGUGAAAGCACCCGUUUGAUGUCCCUGCUGACGACGUUGUUCCACUUCCUGCGGAAACGCGACGCCUCGGAGCCGAACAAAACGUUGGAGGUUCACAAACGACGGUUGAGCUUGAAGGGCCGCUACCUAGAGCACGUGCUUCAGAAGAACGUCACUCCCGUUCUCCAACGUUUGACGAGCGAUUCAAGUGUUCUCUAUGUUGAACCCGAGUGGCGCGAAGGAGAUCCAUCAUUGCGAGAGAGUCUCCCCAUCAUCGUCGAUGCCUCUGACAACGAAGAAAAGACCGACGAAGGUGCCUGCAACAUUCUCGAGUACGACGGCGGCCCAGUCUCGUCCGAAGAAGGCUCCUAUGAAGAUCUCAGCUCGUCCCAAGUGACAGACCAGGUCCCCGAAGAGGAAGGCUCGCUCUCGAAACUCCUGCAGUCGACCGAGAACUAUAUCUCCACCGAGGUUUUCCAUCGCGGUAGCAGAAGACUCUCCAAGCCUCGCAAGUCUAUCGUCGACACCACCGAGGAUGCCGUUCCCAAGGAAGACGAUUCCCUCUCCAAGAUGCUGAAGUCCACCGAGGAUUACCUCUCCACCGAGGUCUUCCAUCGUGGCAGCAGGAGACUCUCCAAGCCUCGCAAGUCUAUCGUCGACACCACCGAGGAUGCCGUUCCCAAGGAAGACGAUUCCCUCUCCAAGAUGCUGAAGUCCACCGAGGAUUACCUCUCCACCGAGGUCUUCCAUCGUGGCAGCAGGAGACUCUCCAAGCCUCGCAAGUCUAUCGUCGACACCACCGAGGAUGCCGUUCCCAAGGAAGACGAUUCCCUCUCCAAGAUGUUGAAGUCCACCGAGGAUUAUCUCUCCACCGAGGUCUUCCAUCGUGGCAGCAGGAGACUCUCCAAGCCCCGCAAGUCUAUCGUGGACAUCCCCGAGGAUGUCGUUCCCAAGGAAGACGACUCCCUCUCCAAGAUGCUGAAGUCCACCGAAGAUUAUAUCUCCACCGAGGUCUUCCAUCGUGGCAGCAGGAGACUCUCCAAGCCCCGCAAGUCUAUCGUGGACAUCCCCGAGGAUGUCGUUCCCAAGGAAGAUGACUCCCUCUCUAAGAUGCUGAAGUCCACCGAGGAUUAUAUCUCCACCGAGGUCUUCCAUCGUGGCAGCAGAAGACUCUCCAGGCGGCUGUCCAAAGAUGCGGGAAUGGAGAAUGGCGCACUGUCGGACCUCCUUCGUUCGACCGGCGACUACGUCUCCAGCGAAGUGUUCCAUCGCAAGAGCAGAAGGUUGUCGAGGUCCUCCAAGAAGGACAUCCCGUUCACCGGACCGAUCUGGUGGGGAGGACUGAAGAAUAUGUGCCUGAGCCUGCCUUGGUUCUCGCUCAGGGUCACCGAGGACAGCGCGGAAGACGAGGAGAUCUGCUCGGAGAAGUUUGAUCCGGAGCUCGAUCACGAAAAUCGCAGGCUGUCGUUCGUGCCGACGAUCCUCUAUCAGGGUCUCACCAAUCGCAUCGGCGUCGACUUCACGAGGCUGGUGGCUUACGCCUUCGUGCCAUGCACUUCGAUCGUUCUUCUUUACUUGUACAAAUUCGGUACAGUGACCACUUUAAGUGUGGACUAUUCAGUUUUGUCGAAGAGACAGAACGGAAGAAUUGUGUGUACGUGUGUCGGCGAUUUCGGUUCCGGAAAGACCGGCGCGCCGACCACACCGGAACCCACGUGCAAAGCGGAACGGGAAGCAAAACCCGACUCUCGUCCGGCGUCGAAGGCAGAGGGAGAGGAGAAGAGCGAGCUUGACGAGAGAAAAACGGACGAGAGGUCCGGGAGCGGGUACAACGAAGAGGAAGAUCACGGGUCUGGUGCAUCCGCUCAGGACGAGACCGCCGUCGAGGAGGACUCGAGCGUCUCCGAGAGGCAGGCGACGGCCGAGACGGCGAUCGACAGCGAGAAAAUCAAGGAGCUGGUGACCACCGAGAUCAAUCUCGAGAAGCAGCUGGAGAACGUGCAGCGGCAGUUGCUCGCUCUGAAGCGGCUACCGAGCGAGAUCGAGAAUCACCUGAGGAUCGUGUCCGAGCAACUGCACGCGAUCAUGGAGCUGAGCGGCGUACGAUCCCUUGGCAACGGAAGCAACGGCCAGCAACGCCGCGAUGACUCGUCAGAAGAAGAUAACGCGCGACGAAGGGCGAACGACGAAGAGCGGAAGGAGCAGGAAGAGGACACCGACGAGGCGGACGAAGAAUUUACGGAGACUUACGACUACAUCGAGGAAAUUGCAUGCUUGGAGCGGAAGACGUCGUCGAGGUCAACGCCGCAAGUGAUCGAGCCCAGCGACGACGAGGGGGAAAUGGAGGAUGAGGAGGAGGAGGCCGAGACGAAGGAAAUGGACGGGAUGAUUUCUGUGAAGAGCGAGGACGAAGAGGGAAGUAGAGUAAAGAAAUUCAUCGUCUCUUACGAGACCAAGCUGUUGAAGUCGCCGAGCCCGGCACCGUCGCACGGUAGUAUCGAACCAGAUCCUAAACUAUCACCGAAAGAUCAAGUAAUACAGGAACUGCAGCAAAAAAUGAGCAAGAAAGGCCGAAAGCAGCCGCAAGAUCUCUGGCCCCAGGCUAAGCAGCUCGAACUUACGCGCGGCCGUAGAUGGAGAUGCCCGAAUGACUUCUUCAACGACGAAAUGAUUGCGGAAGUAUUAUCCUCGCAGGCGGAAGUUAUUCGCGGCAGAGCGUUGGGAGUGAACUUCAAGAAAUACGAGAAAACGAACUUGCCGAACUUCGACCACCUGAUGAACUCGAGCGUCUACAAGAUGAUUCAUAAAAUGGAGCGAGAACCAAAAAAGGGCAUACCUGCUAGACCAGCUAAAGUCAACGCGGCGGAGGAUAUAAUGGAGAGGGUUAAAUCACCGGCGUUGAGCGUUGUAGAUGACAGGAGCACUCGAAGUGUCAGUCACUGAUGCAACUGCGAUCACAGAUGAUCACAAUGUGUAACGUCACAGUUACACGCGUGAUAUCCACGUGUGUGAACGAUUUGGGGAAACGGCGAAUAUAUACGAUCACCUGGCAUACCGAUUGCGUCUGAAGAAUAUUAUCAUCGUACGAUCGUCGAAUUUGUGGUUGUAAUAAUUUGAAGCACGUAUGCGCGCGUGUAUGUGUGUAUUCAAAAUGAAGAAAUUUUCCCGGCGGCACAUUGCGCACAUCAAUAAAGCACACCUUAUGAUAAGACAUGAGAAAUCA